CGGGGCUCCGUUCGUCGGGCGGAGCUACGGUUCGUGAGCGGAAUCCUGACUGGUUCAUUCUCCCCGGAACUUCCUAGACGCCGUACGUGCCAGAUGGUGUCUCCUGGAGCUUAGGAAGCUGCACGCAAGUAUUAAAUUUCUGACAAUGGGCAAGAACAAAUUAAGAGGGCCAAAGUCCAGGAAUGUAUUUCACAUAGCCAGCCAAAAAAACUUUAAGGCUAAAAACAAAGCAAAACCAGUUACCACUAAUCUUAAGAAGAUAAACAUUAUGAAUGAUGAAAAAGUUAACAGAGUAAAUAAAGCUUUUGUAAAUGUACAAAAGGAACUUGCACAUUUCUCAAAAGGCCCUUCGGUUGAACCUCUGCAGAAAGAAUUGAUUCCUCAGCAGCGUCAUGAAAGCAAACCAGUUAAUGUUGAUGAAGCUACAAAAUUAAUGGCUCUGUUGUAAUAUAGUGGCGAUGCAUCAAACUCUCCACAAAGACCAAUAAAUUAAAUGUUUUAUACAAUUUUA